GUCGUCGCGUGGCGAUCUCGGCUGCACCCGAGAUGCAGCGAUAAUGCAGGCCUCCAAAAGCAGAAAACUCGUGUCAUAGAGAAUGUCUCAUCUCUUGGUUAAUCAAAUCGUGUCUUGCGGACAACGUGAGAACUGAGGGUUAUAUCCCUUGGUGAGAACCGUCAAGGUCGUUUCGAUUUUUUUCAAAAGGCACACUCCCAAUGUCGGUGACGGUGCAGUCCAAGUCGACUGCGCCUGCCAAGGUCGCGCCGGCGUCGCGAAAGAUUUACCUCUACUGUGAGGGCCCCGCGUGCAGCUACGCCUGGGCUCAAGACGCGAUCGAGAACGUCGAGACCAUGCACCAUGUGUUUAUACGCGUAUCGGGCGUGCUCCACGUGUCGUACUUGUGCGCUGGUUGCCACGCGACUCUGACGGACGACGAGAAGCGCAAUGUGCCUCUCUUCAACGACAACUUGGUCAACACGAUGAGCCUUGCGCGCCUCAAGCGCCUCGAUAGCUACCACGUCCUCUUGACCAACGUCAAGACGUACCUGUUGCCGCUUGCCGGCAUUGUGCUCUUCUUGCCGAUCCUGGGGCCGCUGCUCGCGUUCGGGUGCCGUAAGCUGCCAGCGCGCCUUCUCGAGCUCUGGCCGCACCUGCCAAAACGCCACGUGUGUCUCACGUUUCUCUUGCUCUCCGCCACGUAUGUGGGCAUUGCGCUUUGCUUUCCGUUUACGAGCCAAUGUGUCUUCUGGGCUCUUCUCGAAGGGUACAGCGUUCUCUUCAGUCUCGUCAACCUUCUGGCCCACACCACCAUCAACGGCUACGUCAACGCGUCAGGUAGCCUCGACACCAACCGCAACCCGCUCAUUAAGCUCCAGUACGCCAUGUUCCGCAUUAUCUGCAGCGGUGGUGUCCCCGUGGUCGGGCUCCUCGAAUUGCUUGUGCUUAUUAGCACACCGCCUCUCGCAACCGUCGUUUAUUCAAGCUCCAAGCGCCUCUCGGACCCCACGGAUCUGAACGCGCUCUCACUCCUCGAUCCGACGACGCAGGAGCCGAUCGACCCGAGUUACCUCCCCGGUGCCUUUGUUUCGCGCCCGAUCCAGCGCCGGAUUGUAGAUAUCAUGGGCUGGCGACGCUUCACCCUUUUGCUUGGGCUUCUCGCGUCGGUCGCCAUCAACGGGGUCCUCACCGCGUCGUGGGUUGGCGGCAUCUUUCCGAGUUUUGAUUUUAUCGUGCCGGGGGCGUAUGCUCUUGUGAGUUCGCCAACAAACGCCAUGUACGGGAUGUCGGGUGAGCUCGCUACCCGCAGCUGUGCGUCGACAGCGAACGGGCUCUCAACGACGACAUCGAGUGCUGUGUGGAACUUGGGAUUUGACCCGGCGCCGACGGUGGACAUUGGUCUGCCGCUCGUGAUCCUUUUUUUUUACAAUGAGCAACAAGAGCCCGUGCCGUUUACGAUCGAGGCGGCGUGGAACAUCCGGCUCGUCAACCAAAGCGGGAAUAGCGCGAUGUUCUACCCGCUUGCGAACGAAGCAUUUUUCAGCUUGCGCGCCGACUUUGACGGCGACUGCACGGCCGUGCGUGCGCUCCACCCGGUCGCCACCGUCUAUUAUGGGACGUCGUCGCUGCAAAUGUACGUGGCGGCCCAGACGCUCGACUAUGCGAUGGUGCUCUUCCCGCUCUUUCUCUUGUUCAAGCAGAUUGCGCAAUGUGGCGUCUUUAGCGCGUGCAUCGGCGGUCUCUCGGGUCGCAUUUGGGCGCUUUGGAUCAAAUUCGACUCGAUUUCGACUGUCGGACUCUACCCCCACUUUGGCAAUACCCCGCUUCCUGUCGACCUGACGUGCCGCACCAACCUCGUAGCGUGGAUGGCUGUUCGGCGCAGCGUCAUUGGGGCCACGCAAGUCUUUACGAGUUUUGUCAAGCCCAUGUUGUCGCUUGCUCUACUGCAACUCGCGAUUGCGUUUGGGGGGCUCCUUGUCUAUGCGCUGACGGGGACCGGGCCGAUGCCAACGUACUUUUUGCUCGUGCUUGCCCUUGUGAGCUCGGUCUCGACGCUCGUGUUUCUAUAUCCGCUCUCUGAGGCAAUGGAGAUCCAAGCGAGUCACGGCGAUAUGCUACGAGAAGUGCAAUUGCAGUACCUCCUCAAGCAAGGCGCCGACAAGACCGAUGCUGGCGUCGGCGAUCUUCUCUCGGUCUAUGUGGAUGUCAUCGACAACCACGACGACCGGAUCACGUUUUGGGGCACCGAGACGUCCAAAGACAAGCUGCAAGGACUCAUUGUGACGCUCGCGUCUGGCCUCUCGUUCAUUGGCUCCAAGACCGUGCAGUACGAGUGGUCCACGCUCAACCCGCACUACAUUGGCAACAACAUUCCCCAGUUGUAAAGACGCUUACUGUCGUUUGCUCUGUGAAUUUCGAAAUUGUCUAUAAUCCAUUUCGCAUCUAUAUAACUAUAAAAAUGAUAAUAUUGAAACGUUGGAGUAUGGCAUAUGCAUGCCAGAGCACAAUGCUUUCC